AUGCUGAGCUGCGGAGAAAUCCGGUGAUCGGCUCCCGCCUCCCCAUUGGCCGGGCCGGUCACAUGCCCGCCUAACUUUAUUCAGUUGACAGCAAGUAGGAGGGCUCUAUGGCAGGGGAAAAAAAGACAACACGAGAAAAAUUAGUAUUUUCUACCUUCAGAAAUUAAUGGCCAUGAGUUCGUAUAUGGUGAACUCUAAGUAUGUGGAUCCCAAAUUUCCUCCUUGCGAGGAAUAUUUGCAGAAUAGCUACCUAGGCGAGCAGGGGGCCGAGUACUACAGUGACUCGCAGGGCUCUGAUUUCCAGCACCAGGGUCUCUACCCACGGUCAAACUACAGCGAGCAGCCCUUUAGCUGUAGCAAUGCCCAAGGCUCUGCCGUGCAGCCGCGGGGUCAUGGACAGGAGCAAUCCGGCCCAGCGAGCCACUUCCCCGGCCAAGCAGAGCAUUGUCCACCGCCUCCAAUGCCCAACUCGCGAGCCUGCAGCCAGCAGCCGGCCCUCAAAGCCCCAAACGGGUCAGCAGUUAAGCAGCCAGCAGUAGUUUAUCCCUGGAUGAAGAAAGUCCAUGUUAACUCGGUGAAUCCCAAUUACAACGGAGGGGAACCUAAACGCUCCCGCACAGCUUACACCAGACAGCAAGUCCUAGAACUGGAAAAAGAAUUUCAUUUUAACAGGUACCUGACCAGGCGCCGCCGUAUCGAGAUAGCCCACACUUUGUGUCUCUCUGAGCGCCAGAUCAAGAUCUGGUUUCAGAACAGAAGAAUGAAGUGGAAAAAAGAUCACAAACUGCCCAACACGAAGGGCAGGUCUUCUGCCUCUGGUUCAAACCCCCAUUUACAGACUGGUUCCAAGGACCAUCAGACUGACUUGACAACUUUGUAGAAGAGGUGAAAUUUUCCAUUUCAUCCUUUGCUUCUGACCAGUACUGUACAUAACUGACACUGCCCAAGCAGAACCUGCAUGUAGCAGCUAAGGACUCGAGAAACUGUCAUCUUUCUUUAAGGUACUGUUGUACAAAGGAGACAAAAUGACGCUACUCUGGACUUUUAUUUUAUUUGCCUCUGCUAGCACAACCUAAAAAAGGAAAAAUAAAAAAAGGGGGGAAAGAAAGGAGGAAAAAAAAAAAGGAAACAUCAUGCAGGCAGUGGGAAUUGGGAAAAUAUUAAACGAGACCUUCUGUCCAUAAAAAGUAAUAAAUCAUUGAAAAUGACACUGUCCUGUGUUGCAGUUUUGAAUUCGAAAGUAGAGGUUUGAUGCUUUAUUCUUGGAUUUUUACUUUUAAUUGUCUUUUUAUCCCAUGCAGUUUCGGGAGGAGGAUGCAUUUGGGCAAGUUGAGGACAGGAAAUUUAUAGCAUAG